CGCGCGGUGCGGGAGCGGCGGACGCACCCGACGUGCGUGAACGGCCAACGUCGGAGCGUCAUGUCUGCUCAGGAGCAAAAUCCGACGGUGCCCUCGCGGAUCGCUGCCGAAGCUGCGGAGUGGGACGCGGGGAAUGGGUACGAAGCGGUCGCUCCGCAUUGGUUUUACUGCAAGGUGACCGGCGGGAGGGAACGGUGGCUGCCGUUCAGCGUUCAGGACUCGGAGCGGCUGGAAGAGGCUCACGGUGCAGCACACAGCUCAACUUUUUGGCCCUCACACGAUUCAUUGUGGUCUUCAGGGAGGGAUAAAGGAGACGUGGUGGUGCCGACGUCGGGCGGGAGGUACGACGUGCACCUGAAGCAGAGGCAGCGCCUGGCGGUGUUCUGGGAGGAGGAGGUGUCCGAGGUGCGCCGCUGCACCUGGUUCUACAAAGGGGACAAGGACAACAAAUACGUCCCCUACUCAGAGAGCUUCAGCCAGGAACUGGAGGAAGCGUACAUGAUUGCUGUAACCUUGGACGAGUGGAAGAAGAAGUUGGAAUCCCCAAGCAGAGAAGUCAUCAUUUUGCACAACCCCAAGCUGAUGGUUCACUACCACCCCGUUGCCACCUCCGACGACUGGGGCUCAACUCCUACAGAACAAGGGCGACCAAGGACUGUGAAGAGAGGAGUGGAGAACAUCGCCGCUGAGAUCCCCAACGGAGAACCUCUGCAGAUCGACCACCUGGUUUUUGUGGUGCAUGGCAUCGGCCCGGCCUGUGACAUCCGCUUCAGGAGCAUCGUGCAGUGCGUCAACGACUUCAGGAGCGUUUCCCUGAGCAUGCUGCAAGCACACUUCAGGAAGGCACAGGAGCAGCAGCAGAUCGGCCGGGUGGAAUUCCUGCCUGUCAAUUGGCACAGCUCCCUGCACUCCACCGGUGUGGACGUGGAUCUGGAGCGAAUCACCUUGCCGAGCAUCAGCCGCCUGCGUCACUUCAUCAACGACACCAUCCUGGAUGCUUUCUUCUACAACAGCUCCACUUAUUGCCAGACCAUCCUGGACACGGUGGCCUCGGAAAUGAACCGCCUCUACCUCCUCUUCCUGCAGAGGAACCCAGGCUUUAAAGGAGGGGUUUCCAUUGCAGGUCACAGCUUGGGGUCCCUGAUUUUGUUUGAUCUCCUGACGAACCAGAAGGCUGCUCCCGAGGAUGAGCACAGCAGGGAGGGAUCCGAGGUAACUUCAAGCAGCAGGGGUGCUGAGGAAGUAAAAGAAAUCCUGCAGAAGUUGGAUCUGUCUGAGUACUGCCCUGCUUUUGAGAAGGAGAAAAUAGAUGGGGAAGCGCUGCUCUUGUGCGGAGAGAAAAACCUUGAAGAAAUGGGAAUUCCCUUAGGACCACGAAUGAAGCUCCUCCAUUACAUCAGCUCCAGGAGGGAGAUGCAGGGCACCAAAGAACACAGCGCUGCCAGGCAGCACAGCACCACUGCCAGCAGGGAUGGCCCAUACCCAGACAUCAGCCUGGGGCAGGUCUCUGCCAACUACCCUCAGCUGCUCUACAAGCCCGCCAUCUUCUUUGCCUUUGGGUCUCCCAUUGGGAUGUUCCUCACGGUGCGAGGGGUGAAGCGAAUCAACCCAGAUUACAGCCUGCCCACCUGCAAGGGCUUCUUCAACAUCUUCCACCCCUUCGACCCGGUGGCAUACAGGAUUGAGCCCAUGAUUGUCCCAGAUCUGGAAUUUGAGCCCAUGCUGCUCCCACACCACAAAGGCAGGAAGAGGAUGCACCUCGAGCUGAAAGAAGGGCUGACGCGUAUGAGCGUGGAUCUGAAGAACAACCUGCUGGGGUCCCUGCGGGUGGCCUGGCAGUCCUUCACCCGCGCCCCGCUGGCAGCUGUGGAAGGAACAAGCAGCGAGGGGGAGGCAGAGACAGAGGCGAGCGCAGAGAAGCAGCCAGAUCCAAAGCCAGAGGAGGCCCAGGCGCCAGCAAAGGAGGAUCCCUCCCUCAUUAACGUGGGGAAGCUGAACGGGGGGAAUCGCAUCGACUACGUGCUGCAGGAAAAGCCCAUUGAGAGCUUUAAUGAGUAUUUAUUUGCACUGCAAGGGCAUCUCUGCUACUGGGAGUCAGAGGACACCGUUCUGCUGGUUCUGAAGGAGAUCUACCAGACAAUAGGUGUUACACUGGACCAGCCUUUGCCAGGAAGCCAAUGACCACCCCGUGCUGUUCAGCCACUUCUUGUAAGUCACCUUAUGCCUACACUUCCAACCUUCCUAGGAGACCCCAGACGACAUAAAGUCCAUUUGAGGGAAUAAUGUUCCUUAUUUACAGCGCUGGUUGGGCCUUUCCUUUGGCCUUUCAGCACACAGGGCUUCCUUCCUCUUUUAUCGUGCACAAAAGCACGUCAAGACACAAGAUUUACUCCACUGUUCUCCCUUUGCUUUCUUAGAUACAAUUCAAUUGAGUACUCACCAGGAAAGUUCAGAUUUCUUCUCUGCCUUCCUCUCUCCUCUGCUGCUGUGCCCCGCAUGCUGCUUCCCCAGUACUUGCUGCUGCCUGGAGAUAAAGAUGGUUUUCCUCCAUUUUGGGUAGGAAAAAAAACCAACCAACCAAAAUCCACUUCUGCAAACACACACACAGCACUUACACUGUGACUCCCUGUGGCAACACGUGCUGUCAGCCCUGAACUUGUCUGCCCAGCUUGUAGGUUAUCACAGGCUUUGCAGUACUGAUGCAGACAGCUGCUUGGGCUAGGAAACGCGAUACAAGGGCCUGAACCCAGCUGUGGGCUUAGCAAGGAUACUCUUAGCUUGGGACCUUGAGAAAUAAAAGCCUUAAACACACAGCAUGGAGAGAGCAAUAGCAGCCUUGAGCAAAGGAGAUGCUGACUUCUCAUGGGAGAAGGAUGAGGCACUGCUCUCCUGCUGUAGCACUGGGCUGGAGUGCUGCAGCCUUUGGGAGGUGCAGAUAAGGACCGUUGCUCACAGCCACGUGCACAGCACCCCAGGAAAGCUUUACCUCCAGAUCCAAACUGGAUUGGGGAAAGCAGCUGCUCCAGGCACUGGGCCCUGUAGGGACAGCCCUCCUCUGCUCUGCAGGAGCACGCAGCAGUGCUGAGUUCCAAGUGGCCGCAGGGAUCUCAUGCCCGUCAGGCUCCAGCCAGUGGCUUUGUUGGCAAGUACAGCAAAUGCUGCCAGCGAAGGCAAAGCCCAGAUCUGUUGGGUCUGAGCACUGCCUCAGUGACUCCACAGAAGAGAUUCAAGCAGUCCAGCAAGCAGCACAGCCCACACCUUGCUGUUUUGUGUUAGCUCUCCUCCAAGGGCAACAGAGAGCCCCAGGUGAUCAGUUCCCUGUGACCCAAACCACUGCCAGGCUGCAGCUGGAGCCUCAGAGCGGGCAGGGGGAAAACGUUUCAGUGGCAUUAAGGUCACUGCAGCCUUUGGAAAGAGCCACUUCCCUCCUGCUGACUUCUGCCCUGCAUGGGGUAACAAGCCUCGUUUCCACAGCAUCCAUUUGUUUGUCCUCUGUUGUAUUUCGUUAUUUGCACUAUUCAAAAGGUGUUGUUUGCAGCCUCCAACCUCCUCCCAGCCCAAAGGAACUGCAGCUGUUCAUUUACUUGACUGCAGAAGCAGACAUUCUGCUCCUCCAGAGUCUGAGUUACCGAUUGCUAAACGCCUCCUAUGGGAGUAAGAAAAGGAACAGUCUUAACAUGGGACACUUGUGACCAGCUUUUUAAGUUAUGCACUUUGUUAAAAAAAAAGAUUAAAUACGUUUUAAAUGUUA